AUGAACCCAAGAGCCAAUAAUCCUUCAAAAGAAUUCAACACACGCCCAACGACAUUAGAAGAUCAAGAAGAAAGGAUGCCUGAAUCCACAAGCCAUUCGGAGCCAAGCACGUCUAAUGCAAGAAAACCUGCGGUGCAGCUAAAUGCACCAUUCCCUAGACGCUUGAUGAAGAAGAAUGAUGAACAACAAUUUAAGCGUUUUCUUGAACUCCUGAGGCAACUGCACAUCAAUAUUCCACUUAUAGAAGCCUUGGAACAAAUGCCAAAAUAUGUCAAUUUUUUAAAGGAUAUUUUCACAAAGAAAAGAAGAAUCAGCAAGACGGAAGUAAUUGUGCUAAUACAGGAGUGCAAUGCGUUAGUCAGCAACAGACUACCCAAGAAACAGAAGAACCCGGGAAGCUUCACAGUCCGGGUUGGACGUGGACAUGCGUUGUGUGAUCUGGGAGCAAGCAUUAACCUCGUGCCGCUCUCAAUCUUGAAGAAAUUGGGAAUUGGUGAAGCACAACCCACUUCUGUAACUCUUCAACUCACUGACAAGAUGAUCAAGUACCCUGAAGGAAAGAUUGAAGAAGUUCUGGUAAAAGUUGACAACUUCAUAUUCCCUGUGGAUUUCAUCAUCCUAGAUUAUGAAGCAGACAGGGAUGUACUAAUUAUUCUUAGACGACCUUUUCUAGCCAUUGGGAAAGUAUUAAUAGACGUACAUAAGGGAGAAUUGACCAUGCACAUAGACAAUCAGGAAGUGAGGUUUAAUGUGUUAAACUCAUUAAAGUUCCCGGUAGUGAAGAAUGUCAACUGA